CUAAUCUUUCAAUCAGGACAGCUGGUUAAUGUUUAAUAAAAGGGAUUUAAAAAGAAAACACACAGUUUGCAGGAUAAACCUGAAGAUGUUGUGGUUUCUAUUCUGUGGGCUGUGUCUGCUAAAUGGCGCUGUGGGAGAAAAACGUGAGUGACGUUCUAAUGCUAGAAUAAGGUAGUUAAGGAAUUCUUAAUUAACAGGAUUAUAUCUGUGUCUCGUUUUAUAAAGAAUGCAUCGAGAAAAAUAAAAAUUCCUUUAGGUUUAUUCACUGUAAAUGGUGCCGAAUUGAGAACCGAACUGCGAAAUUGAAGCGCAAGAAAAUUUAAGGAAAUAGCUGAGGUUGAGUUGUUUUUUUUAAUUUUGCUGUAUUUGCUAGAGUUAAAUCCGGAACAAGAAAUCUAAUUUCAGGGAGAAAACUUGCUUGGUUAUCUCAGAACUAGAAUCUGAAGAUUUACCAUAUUUUCUUGGACCCAUGUCCUUAUAGCGAUUAGUGGGCAGCUCAUGAAAUCAGUCACUAUGAGCAGUUAACAGGAGUCAGUAAUUAUUGAGGAAUACAGUUCUGGAAUGCUGCUGUGCCGUACAUGAAAAAUGCUAAGAACCAUUUGCAAACUGCAGUAGGGAUUUCAAGUAAAGGGACACUAUAGGAACCACAUCUACUGCAGGUCAUAGUAAUGGUUAUGGAGCAAUAAAGGUUAUUCAAUGAAGUAAAAAUUCAAAGUGAAUUCAAAUAGAAUUUCAAAUUUAGGGCCAGAAAAGCCAAAUAAAAGUAUAGCUGGCUUAGUGGAUUUUUCCAGCUGGCAAAGCAUCCGGGCGCCAGACGGCCAAUGGCAGCACGCGCUCCGCCUUUGUGCCACACCAGUUCUCCUCUCAAUCAGCCCUCCCUGACCUCCCUCCCCCUCCAUCGCAGGAACCAGGUUUUAGCCUUUCAUUUAUUUGUUAUCAUUCUAUGGAGGUGGACCAGGCUACGAGGGGUUACUCCUACCAAAACCAGUGCUUUCUUAACAUACUGAUCUUUGGUUGGGGUAACCAUUAAGUACCACUCUGGUCUUAAAUUUGUAAUUCACUUUGAAUUCUCACUUUCGUCAAUAAGCCUGUAGCACUAACUAGAUUAAUAAAUAAUCAUAUGAACUAAAGUUAGCUCAAAAGUUCACAGAUGAGGUUUUGAGAGCUAAAUGAAUUUCAACCAUCAUUGGAAUAUAUAUCAGGGAUAUAGGAAAUGCUAAAAAUAAAUCAUAAUGCAUUAAAAUGUAAUUAUUAAUGAAUGUUGUCAUACAAUGAUCUGUUCUGAGCUUCUGGGCAGAGGAUUAAGAUGCCCAUGGCACAAAAGAGGUAAUGUUGGCAAUAUUCCAAUGGUAUGGUGAGUCAUUGUCGCCUGCUUUGUCUACUGUGAUUGUCCCAACACCUUUACGAACAAUGGUGCCACCAAACUGAAUUAAACAAUUAUUUGUGGUCGGGAUCAAAAGCCCAAGGCAUUCAAUAAGGGUUGAAUUAUACCAGUCGUAGCAAGUUGGCUGAGGUGUGCCGAACAGGGUAGACCUGAAAAACAAGGCCCACCUAUUGAAUGAGUAUAAAAAGGGAGAGGUGGCUGGUUCCAAACUUGGGCAGACGUCAGGAGGGAGCUGGGAGGAUGGAGUAUAUAUAGUUUCUGCCUUAAUAUAUGCUAAAUAUAAAAUGCUCUAACCUCUGCAGAACAUCUAUGUUUAGGGCAAUGCCAUCACCCCUUGAUGCUCCUGGCACACUUGUGGCAUGCUCAGGUAUCUGCAGAGAACGCAUGAGUGCUCUGGCAGUUCCUCCAUAACACUCCUGGCAUGUACCGCAGCAUGGGGGUUAUUUAAUUGACAUGGUCAGGCAUAAAAUAUCAAUUAAAAUAUAAAUACAUUUGUAACUUUCCUUUUUCUAUCACAACUAUUAUGCUUCAUUUUAACUAGCUUAAAUGAACUCAUGGCAGUUUCUCAUUAGUUCAUGGAUUUCCUUCUGUGGCACAUGUAUGCAACAUACUAAGGGCAUCACUUUUCUCGUACUGCCCAUCAGCAUUAAGAAGAAGUGAUAUUGUGUGCAGGAAGUAUAGCGGAUCUGACAGCCCUAUCUAUAUACAUACUGACUCUAGAGAUGAUAUUGGCAACAGCAGAUGUGCCUUUUCCGGGAUUAUCUGAAUGCUCUUUAAUAUCUGGCACAUUGCGGGUAGCACUCAUGGAAUCUGGGAUUAUUAAAAUUGGCACAUGUUGCUGUCACCAUGAAAGGGCAGCAAAUGAAACCGUACAGCAGAUUUAUCUGGGGCCUACAUAUUUCAACAUGCAAAUAAAUAGCAGAAAUUGUUACUGCAGGACAGGGGGGUCUGCUUUGGACAAAGUGUCAUGGAAACCAUAGUUACAUCUUUUUGGCCAUGAUUCUUCGUACAUGAUACAUUUAUUUAUACCUGCCAAAUGUUCCUAUUUAGGAGAGGCAGCCAUGUAUUUAGGGCCAGAUAGGUGUACUUACUAAAAAAAGUGAGAAGUAGCGAGUUGACAUCUGAGUGGCAAAACAAAAACAAAAAUGUUGGCAAUUGUGGAAAAACAGACUCCCAGAUUUUAUUUAUAUUAAAAUCAUAAUAAAUCCCCACAUGUAUGUGUGCGUUCUUUACAGCACUCUGGGAGGUGAAUAGAUUUUGUAUACUGUUCAGGUACUGAAUGUAGUUACUCUAUUAUCUCAGUUUGUUCCAGGCCGCGAGAAGUGCCAUUCGCCACCUAUAAACCUCUGAAAAUAUUGUAUGAAUUCCGAGACGCGGUCACGUACUCAUGUUCACAAGGUUACGUUAAAGAAUCUGGCACAGUCAGGGCUGUUUGUUUAAUGGCGGGGAAUUGGGACCACGCAACAAUAAAAUGCGCACGUAAGUAAACCUUCUGUUUCUAAAUACGCAGUGAAUUGGGAUUAUGCGAUAAUAAAACAUGCAUGUAAACAUUUAUUUUCCAAAUAAGUGACCGAUUUUAACGUUUGCUUUUCUGCACAUUUAUAUCAAAUGCUGCGGGUUCUUGAAUGUUUAGUAGUGCUGAAGAAGAUUAUCACUUUCAAUUUAUUUCUAUGCAGCUAUACGUUGUCCGCCGCCCAGUUUUUUAAAAAAUGGCGCUGUACGUUACAAGGAUUUCACUUAUGGAAGCCAAACUCAGUUCUCAUGCAACAAAGGGUGAGUCGGUUCACAAAAUGGUUCCACUGUCUGUUUUUGACAGACAGACAAAAUCAACUCGAUAGUUUGUCUAUUUCCUACCUAAAAAUGCUGACUUUAUUCACAAAGGUUUAUUCAAUAAUCACUAAUUUCUGCAUUAAUAAUAAUAAUUGUAUCCAAAUUUGGGGCAGUCAUUGGCUGAGCUUCUGAAAUGUUUGCCAACUAAGAUGGUUUUAACGUAUUUAUUUUGGCUUUUACACUGAAAUUCCUGAUGAUAUCCCAGUUCAAUAAACAUUACAAUGAUCGUGCAAUCAAGGCUCACAAACACAGAUUAUGUUUUAUUUUUCCACUACUGAAAAAAAAGUGUCAAAAGCACCGGACCUGGAUUAAGAUUGUCCAAACUCCUUGGCAGGAAGCCAGCUCUUCUCUGUAUGUGGCAGUGGCUGAGUGUUCUAUGUGGUGGCUGAGUGUUGUGUCUGUGGUUGAGUGAUGUGUGUGAGUGUAUAGAGGCUCAGUUUUGUGGAGGCUGAGAGCUGUAUAUAGGGUGGGGUGGCGACUGACUGUGUGCACUGGUUGCGACAUCAGUGGGAGGGAGGUAAAGGGGGCAGACCAAUGAUGCAAUUCUGUCACUAACUUUGCCCCAAAGAGAUGGAACCUCUCAGAAAGGGGCGGAUUCUCCUGAGUUAAUGGCAGGUCAGCCUGGUAUGAAUACACGCCAGGCUGCUGUCUGUCAUUCUGGCUGGCCCACUGAGGGUGGACCCUGCACAGAGCACUGUCUCAUUGUUCCCUGCAGACGCCUAGUGCCCUAAACAUAGCACGAGGGUGUCCAUACCAUAAUGCACUCGUACUAUGAUUGUUGGGACAGUUCCCUGGUGUCCCCAAAAGUGGAAUACCAGGGAACUAAAGUGGGACGGAGUAAAAGACCCAAAUAUAGGGACUGUCCCGCUAAAAUUGUGACAGUUGGGAGGGAUCUGUGUAUGGUGGCUAAGUUUUGCAUGUGGAGUAGAGCCUGGGUUUGUCCUGGAGCGUAUUGUACUGGAUGUUACAGUGUGUGCAUAGAUAGUUGUAUUUUAGCAGAGUGUGUUUGUAUGAGUAUAUUUGUUUCUGAAUGUCGGUGUUUUCAAAGUGUCUGGUUGUUCAGUCUGUCCCUGGCCCCCUCACACAGCUGGAGCUCCAUGCUCAGAUAGAGGUUCACCAAGCUCUUGUCCAGCCCCCCGGGGGCCUAGGCGGCUGCCUACGCCGCCUUAUGGAUAAUCUGGCUCUGAAAAAAUAGCAGAUUUGGAAGAUUUUACUAAAUCAGCUUUAGUCAAAGCUGGUCUGUUUUUGGCUGAAUUAAGCAAUUUGUUUUUGAAAUAAUUACAAUUAACUGUUUCGUAGAUAACUUUGACAAAUGAUUUGCCAAUUAAGCAUAUAAACCCCACUGAACUUUCAGGUUAAUUCUCAGAUUAUUGCGCUGGGACUCCCAGUAUUCUUUGUUUUACUGGAUGUUAAUUAGAGACAUUCUGAAAUUCGAGCAAGAUAACAGCCCUCGAGGGGCAAGUCUGAAACAACUAAUGCACCCUAAGGGCAUCUGCUAAUUAUUGAAAAUUAACAAACAGGAGGUGAAUACAAAUUGCAUUGGGAGAGGGUUAUUGUAGUCUCUAAGCAAUUAUCUACACCAGCUUGCAGGAACAGUAAGUAUGUGUUGCACAAUCCAUCAUGUUUGUUUACUGUUAGACAGUGCAGGAAUGUUGCUGCCCUGCAGUUUGUAGAAUUCAUGGAAGCUAGCUUGUAUAACUAAUUGUUUUCUGCCCUGCUACACAAUACAGGGCAUCACUUUUCAUUUACUGACCAUCAGUAUGGAUAAUCGAUAUGUGAGCAGGGAAAUGUCCUGCAUUUGGCAGCCAGGCAUCCAGUUUAGGAGCUAAUUGAGAUGCAGCUUUAGGAUAGCGCCAAUAGAAUAGGCCAACUGUUAAAAAAUGAUUGGGGGAAAAAAGUGUGUUAUUACCACAUGCUGGUAAUGGAGAAUGGGUACAUAGGGGAUAUGUAGGGGAACACAAAUUUUGUGUAAUGGCUAGUUAUAAAUUAUAGGGACACUAUAGUCACCCAGACCAUUUCAUUGAGCUGAAGUGGUCUGGGUGCCAGGUCCCCCAGAUUUUAACCCUUCAGAUUUAAACAUAGCUGUUUCAGAGAAACUGCUAUGUUUACAUUGCAGGGUUAAUCCAGCCUCUAGUGGCUGUCUUCCUGACAGCCGCUAGAGGCGCAUGGUCCAUGGGAAAGCAUUGAGAAAUGCUUUCCUAUGGACUGUUUGAAUGUGCGCGUGGCUCUUGCCGUGCAUGCGCAUUCCGCUCCACUCAGGAGCUGAUGUCGGCAGGGGAGGAGAGGUCAUCAGCGCUGAGCAAGCCCGGCACUGGAUUAAGGUAAGUGGCUGAAGGGGUUUUAACCCCUUCAGCACCAAGGGAGGGGGGCCCUGAGGGUGGUGGUGGGGGGUUCCUAAGGAGUAUAUUGUGUCAGGAAAACAAGUUUGUUUUCCUGACACUAUAGUGAUCUUUUAAUGAACUUAAAAAGCUGACUGUGCACCCUCGCAGCUUCCACCUCAACAUCCUCCUGUCACCAUGUGGCAUGUCUCCUGUCUGCUACACUCACUGCAUCCACCUCUUUCUCCACUUCAACCUAUAUAUUACCAGGAGCAUCUGCCUGCUAGUAAGAAGGGAAGGAGAGGGGUGGUCCCCUGGAGGGUGACCUGAUUUCCUGCUGGUCCCAUGGGCAUGAUUUCAGCGAGACAGUCACGAUUUUCGCUAUUGCGAACACCAGGGCACUGUCCCCAUCAAUCAAAGCGCGAGCACCUCAUUAGAUGCACUCACGCUAUGCUCAGUGCACUAUUUCAGUGCUCCCUGCACUGUCUGCCCUCAGUGGGCUGGUUAAAAUGAUUGGGAGAUUGCCCAGAAGUAUCUUAAUCCAUGACCGUCUUUCCUUUCACUGAUUGCCUGCACUGGGACAAACACAAGCUGAUGAAUGAGCAAGCACUGAGGGAAGUGUAAAUUUGCAAUCUUUUAAAAUUCCCUCAAAAAAGUUAAAAUAAACCCUGUUUCAUUAAUAAUUAAACAGACAAUUUACAUGUAAAAUGUUCUACAGAUUAAAGGACCACUAUAGUGCCAGGAAAACAUACUCGUUUUCCUGGCACUAUAGUGUCCUGAGGGUGCCCCACCCUCAGGGCCCCCCUCCCGCCGGGCUGGAUGGAGAGGAAGGGGUUAAACUUACCUCUCUCUCCAGCGCCGGGCGGGGACUCUCCUCCCUCUUCUCCUCCUCUUCGGCUGAAUGCUUUCCUAUGGACGCUGGCGUCUUCUCACUGUGAUUUUCACAGUGAGAAACGCGGAAGCGCCUCUAGCGGCUGUCAAUGAGACAGCCACUAGAUGCUGGAUUAACCCUAUUAUAAACAUAGCAGUUUCUCUGAAACUGCUAUGUUUAUAGAAAAAAGGGUAAACCCUAGAUGGACCAGGCACCCAGACCACUUCAUUAAGCUGAAGUGGUCUGGGUGCCUAUAGUGGUCCUUUAAAGAGGUGAUUACUGUUUUAUAGAAUGACAGUGGUAGGAAAUUUACACUUUAGAGCUGUAUCCAGUGAAAUAAAUAAAAGAGAUAAAAAGUCUCCCUAUAACCCAAAAGAGGGGUGCUGCAGGUAGGCUUGUCAGACUUACUCACUUGUCCUUGACAAGUUUUGGAUUGACUGUGUACAUCAUGUGGGUUUCUAAAUAGUGGUCCAGAGUGAAGCAGAAUGCAGAUCUAUUGCCCCUAUUCUGCAGUUAUGAAGUUGGGUAUCAUUGCAAAUCAGGGUCCCUUGCUCCAUUAUAACAGUUUCCUACUACCAUCAACCUUAGCCAGUAAUAGCUAUUCACAAUAAGCUACGAUAUACAAAUAGGCUACGUCUGAUAUAUGAGCUUUUAAAGAUGUCAACUCCCAUCAUGCUCUCACUCUGUGAAUGUGCCCCAAAAACAGUCUCCUAGCAGUCUGGAGCAUUGCCUACCUGAAGCUCUAACCAAAGCAUUCUAUGGUUUUAUCACUCAGGGCACAUUCUCUGCAACGUCAAAAUAUUCAGUGACCAUUAGCAUAUUGGGACUUGUAAUCAAUUUUAUGAAAAGCAGUAACAUUUGCGUGUACUUGCUGAGGUUCCCCUGUGUGCUUUCUUUGCCCUGCUGGCAAAUAUCCCACUUCUCACACCAACAAGAAUUACUCCAUUUGGAGUUGGUUUACUUCUGCAAUGGAAAAUUAGAAAUUGUUUACAUUUUUUUUAUUUUGCUCCAAAAGAUCUUUAUAUGCCUAGGGCAACAAUUUGCUUCUGAUGAGACCAUCAAGCAUGUCUUUAAUUUAAGAGAGAUAUGAUUUUUUUUUCUGGGAAUCUCUUUGGUAAAACUGAUUGAGUUUGUGGCCAAGUUUCCGAAUGUUGGCUAAGGAGGGGGAAACAGAUGUUGGAUGUCAUGAAGUCAUGCAGCCUAAGUAAUGCAGUGUGCCUUUAAGACACAGAGCAAUGUUUUGAUUGAGCUAGUGAAAAUAUAAAUCUACAAACACAACGUCCUGCCAAAAUCUUGUUUUUGAUAGUUUUUAAAAAAAAAAUCAUCUAGAGCUUCAUACAACAUAGAUAAAUAAUACAGGGAUAGAAAUGUUAGCAUUUUAUGUUGCAGACCUCUGUUACACUUUUCAGUUACAGUUAAAGAUUACUACAGCUAGUGGAAUGGAUACAUAGAUUGGUCUCCAAACAGAGGUGGUAAUUAUAUGCCUGGGAUAGACACACAGCCGCUGUGAGUCAGGACAUCAAAUAAAGAAUGAUUCGGGCUGAAUCUAUUAGUUUUCAUCUACAUUUAAAUUCUUAUAUUUCACUGAUAAGUAAAAUCCAUUUGAAUUGGAAACAUUCUCUAACAGAUGAAGUAUCGGGAAGUCCUAGGAGAAAACAUCCAUGCUGUCUGUGAGGAAGCUGAUGCUUGGGUGUCAUUGGACCUUCCAACAAGACAAUGAUCCCAAACAUGCAUCAAAUGCCACCAAGGCUUAGUUGCAGAAGAAGAAGUCCUGGAAAGGUCUACAGUGGCCGUCACAGUCACCUGACUUGAACCCCAUAGAAAAUUUCUGGUGGAAUUUGAAGAAGGCGGCUGCAGCACGCAAACCCAAGAAUAUCACUGAACUCAUGGGCAAUGGGCUAAGAUUCCUCAGGAACGCUGCCAGAAGCCUGUGUCUGGCUAUGCAUUUAGUUUGCAGCAGGUCAGAACUGCAAAAGGGUGCUCUACUAAGUACUAAAGAUACUUGCCAUGAAGGGGUUGAAUAAUUUUAAGAUGGGAGAAAUCAUUAUAAGUUGCAUUUUUUAAGUUGAAUUUGGGGAAACCACCUGAAGCAUUCAUUGUGUUGAUCUAUUUCAAUUGCUUCUGUUUGAUUUAUUUAUUGCAAACAGCUGAAAGUCUGUAAAUUUUGGGGGUUGAAUAAUUUUGAUUACAACUGUAUACGGCAACUGCUAUAAUUCUAUUCACAGCCCGGUUCACAGUUUAGUGAAUGGAGCUGUGUUUUAUUAUCAGGGAGAGGAAAGAGAGCUUUCCUAUUGUGUGUGCGUCGUUAUAAGCCACUCUCAGGAAUGGGGGGGCUCAAGGUGUUCUAAGCACCAUUGACUUCGCAAUGAUGCAAAGUGCUUAUGGUGGUUUGCGACCCACUGGCGUACAUACCGCGGUCGCAGGGGUCGCGGCUGCGACCGGGCCCGGCCCACCAGGGGGCCCGGCUGCCCUGCGACCCGAUAUGUACGCCAGUGUGUCCAGCCUCUUCUCCUGGGAGGCCUAGGAGCUGGCCACCUCAGUCCCCCCCGAAGCUGGCCCUGGUGUCACCGGACGGGCUGGCUGGCGGGCGUGCGAGGGAGCACUCUCCCCUAAGCGCUCUCUGCCCAGCAACCUCGCGCGCACCGCCCUGAUGCCAGAGUCGGAAUAUCACGUCAUUCCGUCUCCGGCAUCAGUACGUGGCGCGCGAGGGAGCUGGGCAGAGAGCACUCAGGGGAGAGUGCUCCCUCGCACGGCCGGCAGCCAGCCAGCCCGGUGACCGGCCGCCCAGCAGCACCACUGGACCCCAGGGAAUCCCCUCAGCUUUCCCAAAGGUAAGAUUACAUUUUAAAGAAACAUGUGUGUUAGUGUUCGAGUGUGUUAGGGUUAGAGUAUAUGUGUGUUAGUGUUAGAUUGUGUGUGUUAGUGUUAGACUGUGUGUGUUAGUGUUAGAGUGUGUGUGUUAGCGUUAGACUGUGUGUGUGUGUGUGUUAGUGUUAUAUUGUGUGUGUUAGUGUUAGACUGUGUGUGUGUGUUAGUGUUUGUGUGUCAGUGAGUGUGUUAGUUUUUGUGUGUGUUAGUUUGUGUGUGUCUGUUAUUGAGUGUUAGUUUGUAUGUGUCAGUGUGUGUCUGUUAGUGAGUCUGUUUGGUGUCUGUUAGUGAGUGUGUGUUUGUCAGUGAGAGUGUAUGUUUUGUAAGUGAGUGUGUAUGUGUGUCUGUCUGUCAGUGAGUGUGUAUCCAUGUCUGUAACUGAGUAUGUCUCUGUCAGUAAAUGUGUGUGUCUUUUAGCUAGUGUGUAUGAGUCUGUUCGUGAGAGUGUGUGCACGUGUGUUUAAAACCCCUUCAGCACUUACCUUUCUCCACCUUUCUCCAGCGCUACGAUCUGCCUCUCAGUUCCGCAUGUGCGGCAAGAGCCACGCGCGCAUUCCAACUGCCCAUAGGAAAGCAUUACUCAAUGCUUUCCUAUGGACAUCCAGCGUCUUCUCACUGUGAUUUUCACUAUGAGAAUCACGGAAGCGCCUCUAGCGGCUGUCAGUGAGACAGCCACUAGAGGCUGGAUUAACCCUCACUGAAACUGCUAUGUUUUUAGCUGCAGGGUUAAAACUAGAGGGACCUGGCACCCAGACCAUUUCAUUGAGCUGAAGUGAUCUGGGUGCCAGUAGCGGUCCUUUAAGUGUAUGUGUAUCUGCAUGCAUUGGCGUACAUAGCGCAGUCGCAGGGGUCACAGCCCUGCGACCAGGUGCCCGCCGCCAUGUGUUGUGGUCCCGGCACGCGCAGAGUAAGUGAACGGGGGGGGGGGCCACGGAUCAAUUUUCGCACAUGGGCCCCAUGGGUCGUGUGUACGCCACUGUUGCGACCUUUUAUGAAUGUUUGGGGUUUGAGCAUGCUAGGAGUAGCUUUACAUUAAGAGACAGUGUUGGCACAGUCUGCUCAAGCUUACAGUCCAAGGAAAUAGGAUAAUCUCUAUAUAAACUAAUGUUACAUGAGUUCUAACAACGUACAUUUACCAGCACAUCCCCCUGUUUUUUCGAUCACAGCAGCUUAUCAAUAGAUUCCAUGUUUUAUGGGUGAGUUCCAACUGCAAAUGUCAGAAAAAGCCUUGGGAAUAAAGUUCUGUUUUGAGACACGGAAUCCCUGGAAUGGCGUUUGGCAAAGGGACAAACUUAUUAGAGGAAAAGUCUAUAAAAAAAAUCAUGCCAACUCUCUCUCAAGUUAUUUCAGAAUCUGCUUCUGAAAAAAACAAGCACGAUUUUAGAGGCAUGCAAAGUAUUUAUAUAAUUAUCCCAUUUUUUUGUAUUAUUUUUAAAUUGUGGGAAUUACUAAGUUUUUAUGUUACAAUAAUUAUUUUUAUUUAUUUUUUUAACAGUGACAACAAAGAAUUCAUCAUUUCAGCGGAGCAUUAUGUCUGCCUGCGCAGCAAAUUUUUUCAUCAUCUUGACUGCAAUCUCUUCUUUUAUUUUAUUUCAGAUACGAUUUACACGGAGCUAAUGAGAGCCUCUGUACGGAGACAGGAGUGUGGAGCCCUAAGCUACCAAUCUGCCAACGUACGCCUGCAGCACAGUAGCUUAAUGAAGUGGUUUUGGUGUAUAGAACAUGCCCCCGCAGUCUCUCUGCUCAUUUCUUAUUAUUAGUAAAAUUAUUUUGUUUAUCCAUCGCUAGGCACAUGUCCCCUGGCUGCAACUGUGUCUGCCCCUUCUUAUAAACUGGAGCAUUUUUCUAUUGUCAUCAGGAAUACAGCUGUAGAUAACAUUGUAACACAUAAAGCAAACAAGGAGGACAGAGGAAGAGCCAAAUUACAAUCAACAUAAGAAAAUCAUAGAAAAUUAUUUAAAAAAUCCAACCGGAUAGAGUCUACAAUUUUCAGUUUCCAAUAUUCUUGCUCUUAGUAUAGUUGGGCUGCACUUCGUAAGCACAUACAAUAAAAACAGAAAACCAAAAACAAUCUGGAGAUUUUUACCACAGGAAGACAUACAAAUAGGAUACAAUCAAUGAAUGCCCACUUACAUUUAAAAGAGCCUUAACCCCUUAAGGACACAUGACAUGUGUGACAUGUCAUGAUUCCCUUUUAUUCCAGAAGUUUGGUCCUUAAGGGGUUAAAUCAGCUCUGAUUAUAGUAACAUGCAAUAAAAUGAGUCCAGUGAUGAAUAUGAAUCGUUGAUAGGUGAUAGUCAGAUAGUGGUCUACAGUGAACAGGUGAUGUGUUUCUCAGAAAAGGGAAUUAAAAGCAAAUAUUGUAAAACCAUAAAUAUAUGUGAAAAGUGAAGUGAAUAAUAUAUUAUUCACUCACAAUGGGAGAGCUUUCAACGUAAGCUCAAUGUAUCAGGCAGAUGGUGGUAUAAUCGGAGCAGCGUAAUCUGCUUGAGGUUUGCAGCCUUGGUGGUAUGAUCCCCACCGAGGAUUUGGACGUCCACUUCCAAUAAUGUGUCCAACUUAAAAUAACUUAAAAUAAAUGCAGAAAAUAAUUAAAGUAUCCCCAAAAAUUUAUAUGGCCACACACAAGGAAAGUAUAGGCAGAGAAAACUUUAUUGGAUGACUUAAAACCAAAUAAAUAAUAUAGAGUAAUAUAAACAACGCGUUUUACCUUGGGUUAUCAAGUGUAUUUACAGAAUAAACUAGCUCAAACAUAGACCAUUUUAUAAAUCGAUUUGUAUGCACAAUACACUUACAUAUAAUGAAACAGAGAAGGCAUAAAGAAAAAACAAGAUAUUAAUGAUACAAUAAAUAGUUUGGGUGACUGCAUGACAUGCUGGUCAUGUGAUCGGCUAUAAGUAGAUUUUAUUGGCCGUAAAGUAUAAGCAAACAAAAGUAUAAAGGUGGGAACUGAAUUGCAACUCCCAGAAAGUACCGCUCUUCCCAUAAUGCCCAGGAUGAAACAGUUCAUGGCAUAACCUCAGUUCCCACGGAAAGUUAUGUGAACACCAGGACAGGAAUACAGGAAUUUCAAAUAUGAUUAUAUUUUUACUUUUUGUUAAAUGUUUGUUCUAAUUAUUUUUUGCUCAUUUUGAUUGCAUUAUCUAUAAACUGCAUUACAAAAACACCUGAAUUAACAUCUGGCCAGAGUAUAGAUCUCUUGUAAUGAAUGCUAGCUCUGUAAGUCAAUUUCUUGGUCUGUGUGCUGCGUCCCAGCCAAGCUAUGUGCAGACGGCCAUUUUAUUUCUAUUUAUUCUAUUCUUCCAGCCUUUCUGAGUAAAUUGAAUUAAUGGGCUCCUUGUGCUCCCUAUAGAGCUAUGGCCAUAUUAAAGAAAUGCUCCUAUCAAGUCAUACAGCAAGUCAAGAAAUAAAUCAAUCCCAUGAGCACCAUGUGGCUGGCUUUCUUCCCAGACAGGCUACGAUCCUGGAGUGUUUCAAUUUUUUAACCAAUUCAUUCCAAGAUUCUGAAAAAAAAUCCCAGAUAAAGGAAUUAUGCAAAUAAAUGUGUUGAUCACUAGUAUAUAAUUCUGAGGCCAAGACAGUACCCUUCCUGGCCAGUCAAUAUUCUCCUCAGUAGCCCUGCUGACUACCUUCACACAUACCUCUUAAUAUUUCAAAUGGACAGAGAGGGACACUCUAAUUUUAGGGUUGUCUGGGAGUGUGGCCAAGGGCAGGGCUGUCCGAGAAAUUGUAUGCAACAUACUAACAAUUUAUACAACUAAAAUGUAAUUUGGAACAAGAACAAUGUAUCUUAUUUACAGACUGAUUUCUAAACACAUUUAUUGCAGUUUAAAGAUAAAUUACUGGGAGUAUUAUUGCUGUGGAGCUCUGUUAUACACUCAGACACAGAGUCUCAGUUAUUAUUAGGGUGCAGGGGUUCUUACAAGCUGACGUGUGUACCCAGAUGUCAGAGUGUUGCAUGGACAAGAAAUAUCACUUUAAAGGGAAAGGAACGCUCUAAUAGCUGUAUAAAAAAGUAUGUUUUUCUUUCAAUAAUGUUUAGACAUGCGCAAUUCGUUUCGGUCCGAAUUUUAAUUCGGAUGAAUUUCAGCAAUUCGGACAUUUGGAUGCUUCCGAAUGUCCAAAGUGCCGAACCGAAUUGACAAAGUGCCGAAUUGAUAAAGUCCAAAUUGCCGAAGUGCCGAAUUUCGGAAGUCCCAAACCAAAUUGCCGAAUUUCAAAAGUGCCGAAGUGCUUUGGAUUUCUGAAAAGUGGCAAAACAGGAGAGGGAGGGAAAAUUAAGGAAAAGAUGACAGGAAUCUAACCCUGGUAGGAUUAGGGGUAGGGUUAGGUUAGGGGUAGGGUUAGUGUUAAUGUUGGGGUUGUGGGUAGGAUUAGGGUAUUGCCGAAGUCCUGAAGUGCCGAAUUCCCGAAUUUCGUAAGUCCUGAACUGAAGUGCCGAAUUCCUGAAGUCCAGAAUUUCGGAAGUGCCGAACCAAACCACAAUUUUUGGUUUAUUUAAAGGGACACUAUAGGCAGGAGAACCACUAAGGCGUAAUGUAGUAGUACUGUAUGUCCCUGCAGACCUGGCAGUGUAAAUCCUGCUUUUUCUGAGAAUGCCACCUCUAACGGCUGUCACUUCGACAGCUAUAAGAUGGACUGCAGGACCGACGCAGAACGCUCCCCGUAGAUAUGCUAUGACUGAAUAGAUCUCUAUGAGGAGAUGCUGAUUGGCGCAGCAUAACAAUUUGCCGCGCAUGCACACUGGCCUCCCAAUGCUUCCCUUAAGGGCCUUAUUGAAUUGGCUGAAAUCAUCAGGAUUGAUGAUCUCAGCUUUGUAGGCAGGGUGGCUGCAUGGGAGAUUUUAAUCCACAUGAGGUUGCAAUUAUUUAUAUAAUUACUAAGAAACAUGUUUGUAUUCCUAACACUAUAGUGUUCCUUUAAUUUGAGUAAAUUAAUUCUGUUGUUUUAACAGUAAUUAGCUGAGAAUUUGUUUGAAUAUUAAUUGGUUAGUGGAAUUUAGAUUAUUUAAAGAACCUGUCUAUCUUUUCUUCCAGCUAUUACCUGCCCCCCACCCGAUAUUCCAAAAUUUGGAAAGCUAGUCCUAUUUACGCCAAGAGCUGGGAACGAGUCCCAUUACCUGGAUGAUAUCACUUACGGCUGCCUCCCAAAAUAUGCUUUAUUUGGAAAUGAAAGUGCCUUCUGCACAGAGAAUAGGACAUGGAGCCAUAUUCCUGAAUGUCGAAGUAAGUACCGCCCAUGCAGAACUGUAACAACCACCAUCCAUCACACAUUGCUUCCUCUGCUCUCUGACACUAUUGAACUAGCUCUAGCUUGUAAACACAUUCCCAAGCAAUCCUCCCCAUGGCAACAGCAUGCCGGCUUCAGUGCCACUACUUCAGUGUCAUAACAAUGUCUGUUACUUUGUGUCUAGGCUUCUCAAGUAUGCGCUGUCAUUGCUGUGGUAGAGAGAGCUCUCCUGCUGUCCCCUGUCACUCAGCUGUUAGAUCAUUUAUCCAGACAAAUGAAUUCUGUUUUCCUGGUACUAUAGGCUCUUGGAGUGACCCCCUCCCUCGGCGCUCAAGGGGUUAAAACCCCUGCAGCAACUUACCUUAAUCCAAACCCUGCCCAUAGGAAAGCAUUACUCAAUGCUUUCCUAUGGGGAUCUUAUUUGACGCUGGACUCCAUGAGGACGUCCAGCGUCAUUUCAGAGCAAUUUACUCACUGAGAAUUGCGGAAGGGGCCUUUAGUGGCUGUCAGGGAGAAAACUAGGGGGACCUGGCACCCAGACCACUUCAUUGAGCUGAAGUGGUCUGGAUGCCUAUAGUUGUCCUUUGAUUUUUAGAUUGGGACCCAAAAUAUUAAUGUUAAAUUAUUUUAAACUUAAUGAAUGGGUCACUGAGAUAACUUUCCAAUGAAGCGUUGUGUGUAUGAACAUUAUAAAAUUAUAAAAUCUAUGGAGUGUUCCUAAAGGAACCCCGUAGUGUGUAUUCCUGACACGAUAGGUGUAAAUGCGCAGUUUAGGUCACCGGCCACCUUUGCCCCCUUUUUAAAUAGGUGAUUUACUCACCUUUUUUCAGCGCUGUGCGGGUCUCCUCGUGGAUUUAAACCAUUUAAACCAUUUAUCGGUGUACAUACAGACAUUAAAGCACUUCUUUGUGUAUUGGUUGAAUGCCUUUAAGCCUUUCUCUAUGCAUAAACACAUUUCACAUCAUUCCUUUGCGCAUGUACACAUAUUAAAGCAUUACCAUAGGCUCAUCAGGUCAUAUCAUUUUGUCACGUCACUCAUGAUUUACAAACUGUCCUUCUGAUCACCCAACAGAGUAGCUUGGAGGAAAGACGAGGCAGGGAGGACAUGAUAGAAACAUUUAAAUACAUAAAGGGAAUCAACACAGUAAAGGAGGAGACUAUAUUUAAAAGAAGAAAAACUACCACAACAAGAGGGCAUAGUCUUAAUUUAGAGGUUUGAAAAUAAUAUUGUGAAGUAUUACUUUACUGAGAGGGUAGUGGAUGCAUGGAAUAGCCUUCCAUCUGAAGUGGUAGAGGUUAACACAGUGAGGGAGUUUAAGCAUGCGCGGGAUAGGCAUAAGGCCAGGGCCGGCGCUUCCUAUAAGGCGAACUAGGCAGCCGCCUAGGGCGCCAUAUAGGAGGGGGCGCCCUGCGCCCCCAUCGCCCGCCCUUUAAAUUCUGCAGCCGCCUGAGCGCUCUAUAGAGAGCGCUCAGGCUGCCGCAGUGCCUCACCUCCCCUGCCCUGAAGCGUGGCCGAGCUCCUUUCCGGUCCGCGACCCGGCGGGACUGACAGGAAGUGCACACUGAGUGUGCACUUCCUGUCAGUCCCGCCGGGUCGCGGACCGAAAAGGAGCUCGGCCACGCUACAGGGCAGGAGAGGUGAGGUGAGGAGAAGCUGAUGGGAGGGAGAGGGGGGAGAUGAUUUGAUGGGAGGGAGGGGAGAGAUGAUUGAGGGAGGAAUGAUUUGAUGGGGAAAGAUGAUGGAGGGGGGGAGAUGAUUGAUGGGGGAGAUGAUUUGAUAGAGGAGAGAUUGAUAGGAGGGGAGAUGAUUGAUGGGAGGGGAGAUAAUUGAGGGAGAGAUUUGAUGGGGGAGAUGAUUUGAUGGGAGGGAGGAGAUGAUUUGAUGGAGGGAGGGAGAUGAUUUGAUGGGAGGGGGAGGAGAUGAUUUGAUGGGGAGGGAGGAGAUGAUUUGAUGGAGGGAGGAUGAUUUGAUGGGAGGGAUGUUUGAUGGGAGGAGGGAGAUGAUUUGAUGGGAUGGGGAUGAUUUGAUGGGAGGGAGGAGAUGAUUGAUGGGAGGGAUGAUUUGAUGGGAGGGAGGGAGAUGAUUUGAUGGGGAUGAUGGGAGGGGAGGGAGAUGAUUUGAUGGAGGGAGAUGAUUUGAUGGGGGGGAGAUGAUUUGAUGGGAGAGAAGGAGGGGGGAGAUGAUUAGGGGGGGAGAAGAAGAGAAGAUUACGGGGGAGAAGAAGCGAUUACAGGGAGGGAAGGGGGGAGAAGAUUACAGGGAGGGGGGAGAAGAAGAGAAGAUUACAGGGGGGAGAAGAAGAGGAGAACACAGGGAGGCGGGGGAAUAAGAGGAAAACACGGGGGGAGAAGAAGAGGAGAACACGAGGGGUGGGAGAUGAGAACGUAGGGGAGGGAGAGACCACUAAAGGAGGGAGGGGGCGGUGGAGAGACCACUAGGGGAGGGGUGUGAGGAGAGACCGCUAAGGGAGGGGGGUGGAGGAUAGACCACUAGGGGAGGGUGGGGGGAGAGGAGAGACCACUAAUGGAAAGUCGGGGAGAAAAGGAGACCACUAAGGGAGGUGGGGGGGAGAGGAGAGACCACUAAGGGGCAGGGGAGAUCUCUAAGGAAUGGAAGGGAGAGCUCUAUAGGACAGGGGGACAGGGAGCUCUUUCACACCACGCGCACACACACACACACACAAUGCAUCCCUAUACACACAGAAACACAACAUGCUUCCCUUACACACAGAGAAACACACAAUGCAACCCUUACACAUAAAGAUAAUGCAUCCUUUGCACAUACACAGAAACACACAAUGCAUCCCUUACACACACAUGCAAACACACACUGCUUCUCUUACACACACACACAGAAACACAAUGCAUCUCUUACACACACUCAACGCACCCCUUACAGACACACACACUGCAUCCCUUACAUACACAGAAACACACUUUGCAUCCCUUAUGCAUACAAACACAGAUUCACACAAUGCAUCCCUUACACACAACAAGAAACACACAAUACAUCCCUUAUACACACACACACACUGCUUCCACUACACACAAACACACUGCAUCACCUACACAAACUGGUAUCCCUAUACACUACAUUCCAUAAGCACACACAUUAGAUCCUCUACAGUAACACAUAACACAUCCCCUACACACUCUACUCCCUGUGAGUUCAUGGGUGGAACAUGUAGGUGGACUUAUGGGUGGGCUUUAUGGGCAUACUCACCGUCAGGCCCUGGGGCCCAGACCUUGAGCUAUGUAAGAGGCCCCCAAAAAUGGAGCUGCUUCCCGUUCUCCCAGAACAUUGAAUUUUGUGACCACAGUUACAAACAGCCUCCAGAGAUCCUGUUCUACACCAGACCAGUGGAGCCAGACUGCAGCCAGAGCCCAUCACCAUCCUCAUCUGAUUGUAAGUAGGCAAUCUAGUAUAUUAUUAGUGACACUAAUCUCUAAUUUACCUCACAUUAAAUGGACACUAUAGUCCCCAGAACCACUGCAGCUUAAUAAAGUUGUUCUGGUGUCUAUAGUUUGUCCCUGCAGGCUUUUUAAUGUAAACACACACUGUGUGCAGCACUGGCAUUAGUUCUUAUGGGUGGGGCAUUGCGAUGUUCCGGGGGGGGAGGGGGGGAGGGCGGCGGCAAAUCCUUCUUUUGCCUAGGGCGGCAAAAAUCCUUGCACCGGCCCUGCAUAAGGCUAUCCUAAUUAUAAGAUAGGGCCAGGGACUAAUGAAAGGAUUUAGAAAAUUGGGGUCGAAUGGUUAUCUGCCAUCACAUUCUAUGUUUCUAUGUCUCUGUCACACAGCGUCAGGAGGACUGGGGCAUAGUGCAACAUAAGUGCAUGUUUAAAAACACUUACACUUCAACAAAUUGCACUUUAAACAAAUGACAAGGCAUUUAAUAACAAUUCAAACCAUACAGGAGCAGCAUUUCAGAAGUUCAGAAAUUUAUGGAAAACCCUAAAUGGUUACUUUGCAGUGGAGCCUGUCAUGCGAGCGCAAUACUUGCCAAGAUGACCCGAUUACAAGCAAGCAUGCCAGUAGUGACACAAAUUGCAUCAUGGGUCCCAGCUGACUUCUCCUCUACCUACCUCACUCUCACUCUAGACCACAUACUCUAGACCACAUUCAGCCGAUGACGUCGCUAGGAAGGAGGAGAGGGGGAAGAAAGCUCCCCGCCCGGCCCUGGAGAAAGGUAAGAUUUUAACCCCUUCCUCUCUCCAGAGCCUGGCGGGAAGGGGACCCUGAGGGUGGGGGCAACGAGUAUGUUUUCCUGUCACUAUAGUGGUCCUUUAAGGGAAAGCUUAAUGUAGUUAUCCUGGUGUCUACAGCCUGUCUCUACAGGCUUUUUAAUAUAAAUGCUGCCUUUUUAGAGAAAAGGCAAUGUUUACAUUGCCACAAGGAGACCCGUACAGCGCUGGAAAAAGGUGAGUAAAUCACCUAUUUAAAAAGGGGGCAAAGGUGGCCGGUGACCUAAACUGCGCAUUUACACCUAUUGUGUCAGGAAUACACACUACAGGGUUCCUUUAAGAACACUCCAUAGAUUUUAUAAUAAAUAUUGGUGUAUAUAUAAAUAUUAUAAUGUUUAUCCUACGAAAUGCCAAAGGUAUCUAAAAUUUUUAUUUACAAUUUUAAUUAAUCCAAUAUUCCAUCCUUAAACAGAUGUUAAAUGCAAACGCCCCAGCGAAAUAGAGAAUGGUUUCAUGACAUAUUCACCGCCGAGGCUAUAUGAUUAUGAGGAGGUUGUGACUUACGGUUGUAAGCCAAAUUACGUAUUGGAUGGCCCGAAAAACUCUAUGUGUGAGAAAAAUGGGGAAUGGAGCUUAAAGCCAACCUGCAGAGGUACAGUACGGGUAAAUGGUGCUUCCAAAUGUGAAAUGAGUGUUGUGGUCACUUUAAAUAUUGUGAAGUCACUGGGUCAAUUCUCAAAGUCAUUCUGUGAACCAUAUAUCUAAAAAGUCUGCAAGACCAAAGCAUUUCAAUUGGGAUGACCAACUGUAGAUCCGAUGAUACUUUUCCAGCGUUAAGUUUUUUUUUUUUUGUGGGUGACGAAAGCACAAGUAGCUGGUCUUGCCUAUGGCGCAACAUAGUCUUGCAUCGGUCAUGGGUACUGUGUCCCUGAACCUCUUAGUCAUGCGAUGCAAAACAUUGCAGUUUCUGAGAAACUGCAAAGCUUACAUUGCAGUGCUAAGACAGCCUCUACCAGACAGCUACUAGAGGUGCUCUGCAUGAGCACAUUCAGUAUUAGAAAAGACCCCAUAGGAAGGCAUUGAGGCAAAGCUUUCCUAUGGAGAAGGCCUAAUGCGCGUGAGGCGCUUGCCGCGCAUGUGCUUUAAAACCCCCCUGUCAAAUGACUUUGGAGGAGGCGAACAAUGAACCAGCCCGAUGUCAUUCGGGUUAUUGGGUAAGUGCAUAAAGAGUUAUUUAACCCUUUGUGUGCCAGGGGGAGGGUGAGAGGGAGGGAGGUGAGACCAGAGGGCACUGUAGUAUUAGGAAUACACCUUUGUAAUCCUAACACUAUAGUUUUCCUUUAAAUACAGGAGAUAGGUAACCAUUCUAAUAAUCCUGGUAAUGACAGCUUCCCUGUAAAUACAUAUUUUAUUUGGGCCUGGGGAUCUAUCUACACGUGUUAUGCUUUGUAUAAUGUAUGGUGAGAGGCUUUCUGUGGGAUCUUUUUGGGACUAGUUUAUCCAUAUAAUAGCUGGUCUUUUCCUCCCUCCAGAGAAAUCUCUCAGUCGAGUUUCCAGAUUAUGUCUAUUGCUCAUCUGAGUUUGCUGAUGAUCAAUAUAAAUAGUGCAUCUGGGGCAGACUUCUAAAUGUGUUGCAGUUACCAUGAAACCGAUGAAAAAUCCUAAUGACUGCUCCAGUUUAAACAGUUUGCUCCAUUCCCCAUCCCGUCUGAAUCCGUUCUGAUAAUGCAGAAAUUACACUUCCAUAUUAUCUGUGCUAAUCGUCUAACCUUGGAUGCCGCAAUAAACAGUGAGGAGUAUUGGUUAUAGUUAAGCUUCUAACACAGUGGCCAAUAAUUAGCAAAAAUUACUUGGAGAGAAUUUGGGAUAAAGUUCUAAAAGGGAAGCAAUCAGUAGAAACAUUCCAUUGGUUUCCAUAGAAACUGCUCCAAUUCUGGCCAGCUGCCGCUGAAUUGUUCCACUUUUUGCCUUUAUAAAUAUGUCUCCUUGUGUGAGUCUGUUUAAUUGUAAGAUUGUUUUGUAGCACCAUGUCGCGUCACAACCAAAAAAGCAUCCGUGCUCCUCAACGGAAGGAAAACGCAUGUGGAGAACAUUGCUAACCAGUUAAUUCAGCAUGGAGAUGUCAUUACAUAUUUCUGCAAGGAUGAGAAGGACAAAUGUUCUCACGCGGUGGAUUCUCGCUGUCAGGACGGGCAGUUCUCCGUACCCAGCUGUUAUAAAGGUAAAUAUCACAUAUACGGCGAAUGCAGCAUGUACUGACCAGCCACAACACAAAAUAGGGAACAAAUUUAAAUAAUAAAUGAUAUGGGGGAAGAAAAAGAAGUAAUAUUGAAAGAUUGAUAGAUCUUGCUUAUUUUAUCUGCACUGUACAUCCAAAUAGGGAAUAAAAUGCUUUCACUGUACCCCUAAUUUGUGCAGUCAGGUUGUCCAUAAAUCGUGUGUCUUUGAUUUUAUGGAUUACCAUGUCUAUGGAGGGGAUAUCAGGUUUUUGCCACACUUGUGCAAUGGUUUGCCUGGCCACCAGGGUAAUUUCUUUGAGCAGUUUUUGUUCCUUUAUUAAACCAGAACAAUGAGUAAGUGCUAAAUAACACAGAUUAGCAGCAACCCUAUAAGGGAAUCCCUCAAAGACCCUUAAAUAAAACACAGAAAGGUAAAAAAUACAGGAAAGGGCUGCGCUUGGAUAAAACUUUAAAUAAUACGAAAAGUCCAGAUAAAAUCAAUGGAUAAAAGGAGAAAGUCUUAUCUGGCAAUGUCCGUUGAAAUCGUAUUAUGUGAUGGUACUUGGUCCAAAGAAAUAGUCUUACUUGUUAUCUUCCUUGUAGGUCGUCUCAUAUGUAAGAGAAUAAAAACAAAUACAGAGCCAAAAUAGUGUAGUAUAUCUUGAAUAAUAAAGGAAGUUGAAAUGUAAAACUUGAUUGCAAACUCACAUUUAAAAGAGCUAAAACCCGCUCUGGUAUAAAGGGAGUACAGCGCUUUAGAUCCCCGCUUGUAGGAUAUGGAAAUGACUCUCCUUUGGGUACUUCCUCCUUCCGUAGUAUGAAAGACACUCGAGUAAAAAGAGACAGCCAAUAGUGUUCUCUGAAUAAAAACUUAAUUUAAAAUAUAUAUAAUAGAAGUGGAUACUCACAAGACAGGAGCAGAUCAACUGCUCCUGGUAAUUAGCGUUGGUGGUAUAAUCCCCACCUAGGAUUGCUUGAAGUCCAACGAAUAAAAAGGAAUGGUGCCAGGUAACAAUAAUAUAUAUAUGUGUAUAAAAAGAUAAAUGGUACGAUAAAAGGUUACCAAAUAUGGUUUAAUAUUUAAAGUUGCGCCCCACUUAGUCACUAUGAUCACGGACUACGGGGAGGUCUCAGGAUUCAAAUUGAACAUGAAUAAAUGUGAAGUACUUAACAUUACCACUCCAACGGCUCAAACAUCCGCACUGAAGAACCAAUUUCCGUUUAGAUGGUGCGCAAACCACAUGCGGUAUCUAGGUAUCGCAAUAACCAGAGACCUAGGCGACAUGUAUCGUACGAACUUCCUACCACUACUACAACGAAUCCAACAAGAUUUGAAAACGUGGACAUAUCCACACAUCUCGUGGUUAGGCCGGAUCGCAAUACUUAAGAUGAAUAUUCUACCACGGCUGUUAUAUUUAUACCAGACGAUUCCGCAAGCUCUACCGACGGCAUAUUUCGCGUCACUGCCUUCCGCGAUGGUGAAGUUCGUCUGGAAUGGGAAACAGGCAAGACUCCGACAGGAAGUCCUCUGCCUACCUCGAGCAUGGGGGGGAUUGGCACUCCCUGACCUCCGCAAAUACCACCACGUGGAAGUACUACAACGCGUCCUGGAAUGGCAUACUCAACCGGAACAUAAACAAUGGAUCGAAUUGGACAAACAACAUAUAGGCCCCUCCUUUCUGACAUCAGUGUGGAAUACGAAGAAGAUGCCGCGGACGAGUUUGGAACCAUCCUCUACCGUAGCGCAGACACUGAAAGCAUGGGACUAUAUCAGAAAGGCUCCUCACGUCUCUCCAGCACCGAGCCCGAUGACCCAGAUACAAUACAACCCCCAGAUAGGGGGAGGGCUUCCACGGACAGCAUGGUCCUUCCUGGGAGAGGGGGAAUCAUACCCCAUACAUAAGGUAUUAACUAACGCAGAUAUGAUCCCCCUGAGGGACCUAAUAGAAGGCGACCAACCCACUAGCCUACAGACCUUCCGUUAUAUACAACUCAGAACAUAUUACCGGACACUUCCAGACAAGGAAAAGUUACACAGGGACUUGACAUGGUUCGAAACGCUCUGCGAUCACAAGACUACUCUAGGUAAAGCGAUAUCCCUGCUAUACCAACACAUACUCGUGGGGCACCUCACUAACAACGACCAAUUCCGCAGACGCUGGGAACGCAUGCUAAAUACAUCUUUCACCACGUCCCAAUGGGAAAAGAUCCUCAUAUUACAACAUAAAUGCUCAUCGAGCUCCCAAUAUCAAGAAACCAACUAUAAACUUCUCUCAUUCUGGUACAGAACGCCCGACAGUCUACAACAGGAUCUUCCCGAAUGUGCCUGACAUAUGCUGGAGAUGCGGAGAUGAACGUGGCUCGCCACUACACAUAUGGUGGGAAUGCUCACUCAUUAAGCCAUUCUGGGUCGAAGUCCUACAGAAAAUAAGGGAUAUCACAGGGACGGAAGGAAACCUCAACGCAGAGGCAGUCCUCCUACACUCAACACCGGAUCCCAUAGGCACAUACAGGAAAAACAUCCGUAGACACCUAAUCAACGCAACCAAGGCACUAAUUCCAUUAUACUGGAAACAAACGAAUACCCCGACGAUAAGACAAUGGAUGGAACGGGUGGAAGAAAUAUAUAGAGCGGAAUCAAUACAGGCUACACUUCGAGGACUAGAGGACAAGCAUGUGGAGAGGUGGCGCCCGUGGCUACUCUACAUAGCGGACCGACACACAGAUAGGAACGGCCAUUCCCAGCCUCAAGGAGCCCCAGGACCCCCCACAGACGGGGACUGAUGCCUGGUCCGAUACAUACUACGCCGUGGUCACGGAUGACGGGACCACCUUUCCCUCCAUACCCCCCUCCCCCCCCUCCCCCCCCGCCCAACCACCCCCCACCCAGCUCUCCCCUCCUCAUCCCCCCUCUCUCUCUUACUUCUUACUCAAUUAACACUCAUCUUCUCACUAAAACUCUCCAACAUUGGCUUCAUUAUAAAUUACAUGAUAAACGUAGCCCACCUUAAUCCGAGAUUGCCCACAAUUGUGUCAUUCACUCACGCUUGCACGUCAAAAUGGACACAAACACCUUCUUCACGCGACUACACAACACGAAUAAGACACGUCCCUGAACGACAUCUGACCUAUGACGACGGACCAGUAGACCUUACUACCCCAAAGAGAAUGAGACUCAAGGGUGAUAAGGAAAUACUAGAGGAUCACAUAAAACAGACGCAAGGCACAAACUUAUGAAUAUCCCUCUACUCAAGCUGCAAUCCGAUCACUCAUAUGUAUGUCUUAACGUGUUAAACGCGACCAAAUGCCAUAUAGAAAUAAUAUGUAACAUUGUUUGAGUGCUGUUUACACACUUAAUGUUGGGACCUGCGAGUCCGUUAUAUGUUAUUUACUUGUUCAAUCUAUUGAUACCUGCUAAUGUACAGGGAUCAGGGUAUACCCUGAAAUGCUUAUGUUUGAAUAAGGCCUUUUUGAACUAAUAUUUAAAGUUGCCUCUAGUUGCCUGGACAGUAGAAAUUCCCACGGGUCUCAUAUUACCGGCCUCUGGAAGAUUUUAUCCAGCAAGUCGCCCACUUCACCCAAGAAAGACUGUGCCUUAGGGCCCUACCACCACAUAUGUGCAUAGGACCCUCUCUGUCCGCAUCACCUCCAACAUCUAUCGUCUGGGGUUUUGUGCAUGUGGUAUAACUUCACUGGCGUGGUAUACCAUCUAAGCAUGUUCCUAUACGACUUCUCGUGUUGGGCGACGCAGACUGAAGUAGAUUUGUUUGCUUCCCAUAUUUCCCUCCACUCCGUGCCCUCUAGUACCUCUCCAAGCUCAGCUUCCCAUUGGAUUGUAUAGUGCAGCUCUCCCCAGUCUGUGUUAUUGUAGCUCAGGUGGGCAUAAACUGAUGUAAUGAGCCCCUUCGGAGGUAGGUCAGCUCCCAUCAUGUUAGAUCCGGUCACAUCGCUAAAUUUACAAAUUGGAUUUUCAAUUUACUGCAAGCCACUAUUUAGCAGAUAAAUCUAUUGAUCCUGCACUGAUAUUACAUUUUCAUGCUAACUUAGGCCUCAGCUUAAUACACUUUUCAGAUGAUUCAAUACUGUUAGAAACUUUCCAAAUGAUUUAGCUACAGAAAUUCCCACAUACUUUAAUUUCUGUAGCUAAAUUAUUGGAAAGUUUUUUUCUAAAAGUUUUGACUCAUUUGGAAAUCAAGGCCUUAUAGGGAUACUGUAGUCACCAGAACAAUUACAGCAAUGUAAAUGCUGCCUUUUCAGCGAAAAGGCCCUGUCUACAUUGGGGCCAAGUAAGACCUCAAGGGGCAGUCACUCAGACGGCCACUAGAAGGGCUUCCUGUGUCAGUGCUACACAAAGUGUGCAGCACUGGCGUUCAGUGUCUCCACUCACUGCAUGGAGAUGCUGAACGUUCCCCAUAGAGAUUUACUGAUUCAAUGCAUCUCUAUGAGAAGAAGCUGUUUGGUGCAGUGCGGUGUUUUACCACAAAUGCGCAAUAGCCUCGGAUUGGCAAAAAUCAUCAAGUUUAGAGAGCGGGAUGAGGCGUGGCCAGCCGCAGCAAGACUGGAGUGGCUCUGUGGAAAGGGUGAGUACAAUCACUUUUUUAAAGUGAAGAGAGGGGACCAGCGAUCAAACUAGUUAUUUUACCACUAUUGUGUCAGGAAUACAUGUUUGUGUUUCUCGCACUAUAAAUGUUCCUAUAAUCCGUGAAAUUAUAAAUCUAAAUAACUAUUUACAUAUGACCUGGUCUAAACAACCAAUAAACAGCAUAGGAUAUAAUUGUAUAUUUAAUCACAGUUUAAGUAGCGGAACUAGCAGAGGGGAAGAGGGUGUCAACUUUAAUACAGGUCAUUCCCUUGAGUGUAUAUAUAUAUAUAUAUAUAUAUUCUCCUAGGUAACCAAUAAGGUAAUUAUUGUGAAAAAAUAGAUAAAAUAAGUGAGAGACAAACUGAAUUAUGAAUGGACAGAUAAUGGAGCUAGCCUUCCCUGUAGGCCAAAUAUUUACGGUAACAUUAUAGAUGCGGACAUUGCAAUGCUUGUGCCAUGAAUAAUACAUCUCACCGAUAAUUGGCUGCUGAGUAUCUGACUUGUAUUUAUGACAAGCGAUAAAUAAUAGAAAUUAUUAAGCCGUGGCUCUUAGCACUAACAGGUUUGCUUUUAAAUUAAAUAAGAACUUUUUUUUCUGUUACAGAUCCAGGAUUUUUCUCUAUUUUUUCCAAAUCUCCAUCAAAACUACCUCUCUGUACCCCGCAGAAUUCCACACAAUCUACCCCUCUCAGCUGAAGGGGGACUGUCACUUUCCUGGAAAUGAUAUCAUUGAAUAAAACAUUGCAUUUCUUCAAUAACGUGUGUUAAUCUUUUUCAUAUGGUGCAUUUCAAUUGACUAUUAAAGUUAUAGCAACUGCAUAAUUUCCGAACAUUUCAAAUGGACAGAAAAGGACUUUAUUGUAGUCAGGGCCGGCCUUAGGCCAUUAGGUGCCCUGUGCAAAAAAGUCUUCACGGCGCCCCCCACAUCCCCCUCCACCAAGUUGCCUGUAUACAGUCACACACACAGGCACAGGCAGACAGUCACACAAACAGUUACAGAAAGUCAGACACACUCAGUUACAAGCAGACAGACAGACACACACACACGCAGUUACAGGCAGACAUUCACACAUGCUCAGUUAAAGGAGCACUAUAGUGCCAGGAAAACAAACUCGUUUUGCUGGCACUAUAGGGUCAUUAGGCCCCCCCAGCUUCGGGGCCCCCCUCCCGCUUGGCUGAAGGGGUUAAAACCCCUUCAGCCACUUACCUUUCUCCAGCGCCGGGCUCCCUCUGUGCUGGGGAGGUCUCCACCCCCUGCCGACGUCAGAUCCGAGUGCGCAUGCACGGCAAGAGCCACACGUGCAUUCAAACCGCCCAUAGGAAAGCAUUACUCAGUGCUUUCCUAUGGACGUCAGCGUCUUCUCACUGUGAUUUUCACAGUGAGAAUCACAGAAACGCCUCUAGCGGCUGUCAGUGAGACAGCCACUAGAGGCUGGAUUAACCCAUAGGUAAACAUAGCAGUCUGAAACUGCUAUGUUUUCAGCUGCAGCGUUAAACCUAGAGGGACCUGGCACCCAGACUACUUCAUUGAGCUGAAGUGGUCUGGGUGCCUAUAGUGGUCCUUUCAAGGCAGACAGUCACAGAGGCAAACACACAGUUAAAGGCAGACAGUCAUGCACAGUUACAGGCACACAAUCACAAACAGUCACACACACAGUUACAGGCAGACAGUCACACAUACUCCAUUACAAGCAGACAGUCAUACACACUCCGUUACAGGCAGGCAGACACUCACGCACGCUGUUAGGCACACUCACACUCAGUUAAAGGCAGAUAGUCACACAUACAGGCACAAACAAAGGCACAGCUACAGCGACACAAUUGGAGUCGCAGACAAUCACAUACAGGCAGACUGUCACACAUACAUAUGCAGAACGUCACACACACACACACAGACAGACAGUCACACACACAUACACACACAGGCAGUCUGUCACACACACACACACACAGGCAGGUAGUCACACAGGCAAGCAGUCACAGUCACACACACCUACCUCUUUCCAUUAUGACUGGAAGGGAGAGUGGAUGCAGUUGGUUGUUGGGGAAGCAGGGACUCUUUCCUUCUUCCCUCUUCCUGUGCAGCAGUUACCAGGGGCUUCGGGUAGGUGUUAGCCCCGCCUCUGCCUCAUGAUAAGCUCCACCCUGCUGCUUGGUAAGCCCUGCCCCACUGCCUCGAUAUUUCUUUUCCAUAGACCUGGGUGGAGAAUAAUGAAAUCCUCCACCUGGGUACCUGUUUUAGCUCCCCCUGCUCUCCUGUCACCCAGCCAUGUGAGAGCUGUGUCGGCCGCAUGGUGCCCCCUGGUCCAUGGCGCCCUGUGCAGCCGCACAGCUCGCACACCCCUAAGGCCGUCCCUGAUUGUAGUGUAAAAACAUGUUACUGUGAAUAUUAUUGUUGUGGAGCUCUGUUAUACACUCAGACACACCAACAAUAUGGAGCUCCUAGAAAAGAGGGACAGAGGGAUUUGGAUUCAAAAUAGGGACUGUCCGUCCUAAAUAAAGGCAUGUGGGAGGUAUGCAAUUGACAUCCCAUGGAAUCCUCCACAGAAAGAUUGUUUGUUCCCUUAGCCAUAACUCUACCUUUUGUCCAGCUUUGUCAAGUGUAGGAAAUAUACAUUGUGGCGAAAAUAACCUCGCCACUGGGUUUUGGAGGGGCCUGUUUGCCAGCCUUUUGCCCCAGGAUUAUGGCCCAUGCGUUAAAACUUUGUUUCUCCCUGUAAAAAGGCUUGUUAAAAAGGUGACUUCCAUGGAAAAUUUGCCUUUUCCCCUCCCCUUUCAACUUUCCUAUUGUUCUCCAGCAGGGCGUUGUCCCAGGGACACUGCCAGACCAGUUUAAACUGGCUGCUUUGUCCCUCCUCAAUCUCUCAUCAGCUCUUGCUAAAUUUUAACCCCAUGGCGAUUUUAUUCUGUUUGUGGGAUCUGAAUGUGGGGGUUCUGUUCAGUAUAAUAGGAAUUAGGUAUUUUUAUGUAUUUUUAUUGUUGUUGUAAAUGGAGAUAUUCCCUGUACUUCGCGAUAAUUAAGUUACCGCACCCACUUAAGCCAAUUAUCUCCAGGAUAGAGGAGAAGAUAGACUGGCUGUACAGCCUAAAUCUGUGGAACUGCUUUGGGCAUGAAAGCCAUGCCUGCAGUCGGUCAAAUAGGAGUUCCAUCUAUCUUUUGAACCACUGGGCCAAUUUGUAUGAUUUUUACAUAUGUUUUUACACUGAUUAUGCUGGUUCAGAAUAUAUGACUUUUGUGGAAAUUGUAUGUAUAGUUUGGAAGUUAUGAAUAUUGUAUAAAACUGUAUAUUUUCCUGUCUGUGAUAAUGAAGUUAGCCCAUUGUGUUCAGUAAAUAUUUCACAGGCAGAGGGGAGGGUUUGUGUGUAGUAUUUGGAUGUGUUUAAAUGUACAAGUCUGUCCUGAUUGGUUUUUACAACAUUAUGUCCUGUAUUCCACAAGGUCCACGUGGGUGGUAACUUUGUGGGAAAACUUGUAUAUAAGUGCCAAUAAACCCUCAGACUGCUGAGUUCCUGUUUUACCCUCAACAUAGAGCCCCAUGGCGAUUUUAUUCUGUUUGUGGGAUCUGAGCGCUGUUCGGAUAUAUUGAGGGCUCAGAUCCAAGCUAUCUGGGGAUAGGUUGAAUGUGGGGGUUCUGUUCAGUAUAAUAGGAAUUAGGUAUUUUUAUGUAUUUUUAUUGUUGUUGUAAAUGGAGAUAUUCCCUGUACUUCGCGAUAAUUAAGUUACCACACCCACUUAAGCCAAUUAUCUCCAGGAUAGAGGAGAAGAUAGACUGGCUGUACAGCCUAAAUCUGUGGAACUGCUUUGGGCAUGAAAGCCAUGCCUGCAGUCGGUCAAAUAAGAGUUCCAUCUAUCUUUUGAACCACUGGGCCAAUUUGUAUGAUUUUUACAUAUAUUUUUACACUGAUUAUGCUGGUUCAGAAUAUAUGACUUUUGUGGAAAUUGUAUGUAUAGUUUGGAAGUUAUGAAUAUUGUAUAAAACUGUAUAUUUUCCUGUCUGUGAUAAUUAAGUUAGCCCAUUGUGUUCAGUAAUUAUAUCACAGGCAGAGGGGAGGGUUUGUGUGUAGUAUUUGGAUGUGUUUAAAUGUACAAGUCUGUCCUGAUUGGUUUUUACAACAUUAUGUCCUGUAUUCCACAAGGUCCACGUGGGUGGUAACCUUGUGGGAAAACGUGUAUAUAAGUGCCAAUAAACCCUCAGACUGCUGAGUUCCUGUUUUACCCUCAACAUAGA